AUGGAACUGGAUGUCAAAAUCAGCAGCAGAAAUGUCAGCCACACUAUUGAGCGUAAAUUAACAUCACCGCCAUUCCAAGAGAUAGCAGCUCCUCUCCCAUUGAAUCGACUCCGCCAAACACAAGCCUUUCACACUACUGGAGUUGACUUCGCUGGGCCAUUGUUUUACAAACCAUUACAACGAAGAAGGAAAAGGAAAGCUUCGUCAUCCGUCCAGGAUCCGACUUCAGCAGACGAUCCAACUGAAAAGCUAGCUGAGGAUCCGCCCGCUGAAGAAGACGCUCCAAAAGAAGCUACGAUCGCAGGCGUAGAAGAUUUAUUCGAAGAGAAUUUCGAGAUCCAAGAUAUUCUACCUACAACCACUAAAGCUAAGAAAACUAAUCAUCUCAAGUGUUAUGUUUGUCUUUUCACAUGUGCAGCCACUCGUGGGAUUCAUUUGGAAUUAAUGCCGGAUAUGACCGCACGCUUCUUUCUACUUGCCUUCCGUAAAAUUGCAGCUGGACGAGGACCCGUCUCAGUAAUGUGCUCGGACAAUGCUCAAACGUUCCGAUGCGUCGACCGAUACCUGAAGACAUUCAACGCUGACCCAAUCGUCCAAGAUUUCCUAGCAUCUAGAAAAACUCUCUGGAUAUUUUCCGCCAGACUAGCACCCUGGUGGGGAGGAUUCUGGGAACGUAUGGUGAGGAGCGUAAAGGAUCUGCUACGACGCUCCAACGGUCGAGCCUGUCUGCACUACUUGGAAUUGGAAGCAAGUUUGAUUGAAAUCGAAAGCCUGAUUAACGCACGCCCGCUCAGCUAUAUUGGCAGAUGA